GGAACGCAGAACGGAUUUUUCUGUGCAUGACCUUGAUGCGCUGCGGAAGUGACGAAACUUUGCAUUAGGAUGAACACAGCUCGGCUGCUGCGACCACUUCUGCCGCGGCGGUUGACACGGUCGUGCCAGAAGCGACAAACCUUCGAUAGAGGCCGCCGCGAGGAAUCUUCCUGCCCGACAAAAAUUGUCACGCGGCUUUUUAAUACUGCAGCGGCCGGCACAUCAACCCGGUCCUCAUGUUCUGCUUCCGACGAUGCAGCUGUCCAACAAGCAAUUUACGACCGGCACAUGUUUCUCCAGUUUUUCCGCCAUCAUGAACUCGUGCAGGAUGUUGAAAAAUCCUUUUCAGACGACAGUUCCACCAGCACCGCCUUCGCCACCUUCUGCCAAACCCGGUUUCCUGAUGUGUUUCACAAAGUCACGAGUUCAGUGCUUUGCGAGGACGAAGCGCAAUUUGAAAUAAAUACCUCGCUGGUGGACUACAAUACGGCUGCAGCAGGUUCUUUUGCAGCGACUACGAAAAGCAAUGCCGCUGCAGCGAAGGGCAAUGGAAACAUCUUGAAAAUCCUCCGGCUUCUGUACCAGCACUUCUUGAACAGUUCGGAGUACCAACGGCAUAGAAGCCCCCAUCGCUCUGGUGGGAAGGAAAGCCAAGGCGGUGUGGGCCAGCACAAUGGAAUAGACGCUCAUGUUGAUGAACAUCAUCAAUCGCACAUCGCCACCAAUCUGCGCGACUACGUGAAGGAGAAGGUUUUACCUGCAAAAGUUAUACCGUCAGCACAUGAUCAGGG